AUGUCAUCGUCCGUGAUCGAGUACAUCCUGCAGAAGCGAUACGUUAAGCUUGUGCCCACCGGGCUGGACUUCGGCCGGCCCGGUUUCAGCCGCUUCCAGGAGAGAAGAUUCCAUCCCAGCAUGAAUCUGACCAGAAGGUUUUACCCUCACGUGCACAACAUGGACGGUUUCUUCGUGGCGAAGCUGAAGAAGUUUGCGCCGGGAGAGAGGAAGGCGGUAUCCACGGGUGCGGGAGUACCCGACAAGGAUGCCCCGGAAGCGAACGAGGCUGGUGCUGCCGGUGCCGCCGACGAGAUGGACGUCGACUUCAGCGGGAGCGACGAGGACGAGGACUCCAAGACAAAGCGAAAGCGUGCUAAGAAGGAGGCCAAGCGUGACGCCAAGAACAACGCAAAGGCCCAAGAGGCGGUAGGAGCCGAGAUCAAGGAAGUAAACAGCGAUGAAGAGGAAGACGGAGGCGAAGAAUCAAGGCCUGCGGCAAAGAAAUCGAAGCCCGAUCCCACCGCCGCCGCAAACGGCCACAGCACACCAGGCAGAGGCAGAGGUAGAGGGGCUGCUCGUGGAGAUGGCGGCGGAAGAGGGGGGAGAGGCUCCGCAGGAUCACCCGGUCGGGGUGCAAGUCGAGGGGGCCGUGGAAGAUCGUCUUCUGGGGGACGUUCGUCAGGAGGGUAUGCGUCGGCCGGCCGAAACCCGGGCGGGUUCGGCGGGGGGCGUUCGUUUGGCGGGGGCAGGGGGGGCGGGAGAGGCCGAGGGAGGGGGGGUCGCGAUGGCGGUCGCGGUGGUGGAGGACGAGGAGGCCGUGGUGGUGGGCGUGGCGGUGGUCGAGGGAGAGGAGGGGGGAGAGGUGGAGGUAGAGGGCGAGGACGGGGGUAG